AUGGAGGCGAGGAGUCGGAGCGCAGAGGAGCUGAGGCGGACCGAGUUGGUGGAGAUCAUCGUGGAGACCGAGGCACACACCGGGGUCAGCGGCAUCAACGUAGAGGGCGGCAAGGAGGGAAUCUUCGUCCGAGAACUACGCGAGGACUCGCCUGCGGCCCGAAGCCUCAGUCUGCAGGAAGGAGACCAGCUGCUGAGCGCACGUGUGUUCUUCGAGAACUUCAAAUACGAGGACGCCCUCCGCCUGCUGCAAUGUGCCGAGCCCUACAAGGUCUCCUUCUGCCUAAAGCGCACUGUGCCCACCGGGGACCUGGCGCUGCGGCCUGGGACCGUGGCUGGCUACGAGAUCAAAGGCCCACGGGCCAAGGUGGCCAAGCUGAACAUCCAGAGUCUGUCCCCUGUGAAGAAGAAGAUGAUGUUGGUGCCGGGGGCCCUGGGGGCCUCUGCCGACCUGGCGCCCGUUGACGUCGAAUUCUCCUUCCCCAAGUUCUCCCGCCUGCGUAGGGGCCUCAGAGCCGAGGCGGCCAAGGGGCCAGUCCCAGCUGCCCCGACUCGCCGGCGCCUUCAGCUACCACGGCUGAGAGUCCGAGAAGUGGCAGAGGAGGCCCACAUAGCCCGACUGGCGGCCGCUGCCCCCCCAACUAGGAAGGCUAAAGGGGAGGUGGAAGUGGUGACGGGGCCCCUUUUCACAGCCCCCCAGCUGGAGCUGGUGGCACCGCGGCUACCAGGGGCUGAGGUGGGUGUUGCCCAGGUCCUUGCCCCAAAGGAGCGGGCAGAGGUGGCCACAGCCGCAGAGGCAGCCACUGGCUUUGCCCUCCACCUGCCCAGCCUGGGGUUAGGCACCCCCUCUGUACCAGCGGUGGAAGCUCCGGCCGGAGGGAUCCCGGUGCCCCAAGUGGAGCUGCCCGCCUUGCCCUCCUUACCCGCUCUGCCCACACUUCCCUGCCUGGAAACCCGGGAAGGCACAGCAGCAGCAGCGGUGGUGGUGCCCACUGUGGAUGUGGCAGCGCCAUCGGUGGGUGUGGACCUGGCCUUGCCGGGGGCAGAGGUGGAGGUCCCAGGAGAGGUGCCUGAGGUGGCCCUGAAGAUGCCUCGCCUCAGUUUCCCCCGCUUUGGGGCCCGAGCCAAGGAGGGUGUUGAAGCCAAAGCAGCCAAGGGCAGCCCUGAGACCAAAGCGAAGGGGCCCCGACUCCGAAUGCCCACCUUUGGGCUUUCUCUCCUGGAGCCCCGGCCAGCUGCCCCUGAAGCAGAGAGCAAGUUGAAGCUGCCCAGCCUCAAGAUGCCCUCCUUUGGCAUCGGAGCCUCAGCACCUGAGGUUAAGCUGCCCAGGGGUCCUGAGGUGAAGCUCCCCAAAGCCCCUGACAUCAAACUCCCAAAAGUGCCUGAGACGACCCUUCCAGAUGUGCAUCUCCCUGAUCUGCAGCUGCCGAAAGUUCCAGAAAUGAAGCUUCCCAAGGUGCCUGAGAUGGCCGUGUCGGAAAUGCAACUUCCAGAUCUGCAGCUACCUAAGGUUCCAGAAAUUAAGCUCCCCAAAGUGCCCGAGAUGGCCGUGUCAGAGAUGCAGCUUCCGGAACUGCAGCUGCCAAAGGUUUCAGAAAUGAAGCUUCCCAAGGUGCCUGAAAUGGCCGUGUCAGAAAUGCAGCUUCCGGAGCUGCAGCUGCCCAAAGUCUCUGAGAUGAAACUCCCUGAGAUGAAACUCCCCAAGGUACCUGAGAUGACCAUACCAGACAUGCAUCUCCCUGAACUGCAGCUGCCCAAGGUUUCGGAAAUGAAGCUCCCGAAGAUGCCAGAGAUGGCUGUGCCCGACAUGCAGCUUCCAGAGCUGCAGCUGCCCAAGGUUUCGGAGAUGAAGCUGCCCAAGAUGCCCGAAGUGGCCGUACCAGACGUGCACCUGCCCGAACUGCAGCUGCCCAGAGUCUCCGAGUUGAAACUCCCUGAGAUGAAGCUCCCCAAGAUGCCCGAGGUGGCCGUGUCGGAAAAGCAGCUUCCAGAACUGCAGCUCCCCAAAGUUUCCGAGUUGAAAGUCCCCGACAUGAAACUUCCCGAGAUGAAGCUUCCAGAGAUAAAACUCCCAAAGGUGCCUGAUGUGGCCAUGCCUGAGGUGCUCCUCCCAGAGAUGCGACUGCCCGAAGUGCCAGUGUCGAAAAUGCCUGAAGUUCACCUGCCCGGGGCUCCCGAAGUACAGCUCAAAGUUUCCGGGGCCCAGCAGGCAGAGGGGAAGGAAUUUAGCUUCAAGAUGCCCAAAAUGACAAUGCCCAAACUGGGGAGGGCAAAGUCGCCACCUCGGGGCAAGGUGGGCGAGGCAGGGGUUGAGGUGUUGGGGAAGUUGGUGACCAGCACCUGCUUGCAGCCUGCAGCAGGUCUUGAGGUUCGGGGGGACGGUCCGUCUCUCACAUUGCCCUCAGUAGAGCUCGACCUGCCAGGUGCCCUUGGCCUGGAGGGGCAGGUCCAGGCAGCAGGAGUAGGCAAAGUGGAGCGGGCAGAGGGUGCUGGCAUAGCAGUGGGGCUGGGGGAAGGCACCUUUCGGAUGCCCACAGUUGAGCUCGUCACUCCCCAGCUGCCUGAAGUAGAGGUUGAGGAAGGACAGCUCGAGGUGACGGAGGUGAAGGUGAAAUCAGCCUCCAAGUUCUCGCUGCCCAAGUUCGGACUGUCGGGGCCCAAGCUGACCAAGGCCGAGGCCGAAGGGGUCAGGCGAGCCUCCAAACUGAAGGGCUCCAAGUUCCCCAUCUCCCUGCCCAAGGUUUGGGUGGGGACAGAGGCAGAAACCAAAGGGACCGGGGAGGCAGGUCUGCUGCCCGCCCUUGAUCUCUCCAUUCCCCGUGUGGGCCUGGAUGCCCACCUGCCCACGGGCAAGGGGGAGGCAGUGGUGGGGGCGGAUGUCAAGUUGAAGGGGCCCAGGUUCGUCCUGCCCAAGUUUGGAGGCCGAGGCCGGGACGCUGAGGAGGAGGAGCUUGUGAGUGGGGUGUCCGAGUUGGAAGGCAAAGGCCGGGCCCGGGAGGGGAAGGUGAAGAUGCCUAAGCUGAAGAUGCCCACCUUUGGUUUGGUGCGAGGGAAGGAAGCAGAAACUCUGAGUGGACGGAUCAGCCCUGGGGCCAAGGCAGAGUCCCCGGGGACAGCCGUGGGGGCGCUCAAGUUCCCUGAGGUGGAGCUGGUGCCGCUGGGGGCCCAGGAGGAAGGAAAACUCGAAGGGACAGUGGGCAUUAGUGGGGUUCAGGUCUCAGGCCUGCAGGUGACCACAGCGAGGCUGACUGGCUCUGAGGGCCAAGAGGGCGGGAUCAGGAUGCCUCCACUGGGCAUCUCUGUGCCCCAGGUGGAACUGACCGGCUUUGGGGAGGUGACCCAGGGUCUGCAGGUCGAUGGUGCUGUCCCCUCAGCAGGUGGCACGGCUGGCCACAAGGCCCAGGUGGCCGUGGCUAAGCCAGAAGUUCAGGUGACAGGAGGCGAUCUGCUGGUGGGUGAGGGUGUCUUCAAGAUGCCUGCAGUGACACUGCCCCAGCUUGAGCUGGACGUGGGCCUGAAGAGCCAAGAGGGUCAAGCCGGUGAGGGCGCCUCUGCUGAGGGUGGGAUCAGGCAGAAAAUGGCCAUGUCGGGAGUCAGGGCAGAAGGGUCUGGGGACCGGCCUCUAUCUGCUGAGCGCACUUUCCACCUCUCGCUGCCCGACGUGGAGCUCUCGCCACCCAGCGUGAGCAGCCACGCCGAGUACCAGGUAGCAGAAGGCGAGGGGGAGGCCGGGCACAAGCUCAAGGUGCGGCUGCCACGGUUUGGCCUGGCACGGGCCAGGGAUGGGGCUGAGGAGGGUGAGAAGGCCAAGAGCCCGAAGCUGCGGCUGCCCCGAGUGGGAUUCAGCCAGGAUGAGGCUACCCCACGGGACAGGGAUGGGGACAGGGACAGGGACGGCUCCCCCAGCCCUGAGGAGGAGGAAGAAGGUAGCAGCGAAGGAGCAUCAGGACGCCGUGGCCGGGUCCGGGUCCGCCUGCCUCGGGUGGGCCUGGCCUCCCCUUCCAAGUCCCCCGGCGGAGAGAAGUCCCCCAAAUUUCGCUUCCCUCGUGUGUCCCUGAGCCCCAAGGGCCGAAGUGGAGAAAAAGAGGAGGGUGGCUUCCGGGUCAGGCUGCCCAGCGUCGGGUUCUCAGAAUCAGGGACUCCAAGCUCCACCAGGAUGGAGGGGACCCAGGCAGUGGUCAUCUGA